AUGGCUAGGGACGACGCAUUGUCUCAGGCUAUGUUAAGGAUACUGGAUAGGGUCACUGGGCCCAACACUAGAUCUGGGGGCCGAUGGUCGGUUACGGAACAACUCCAGUCCAAUGGAACUGAACUUUUUAGGGGUGUCACAGGAGUCGCCCCUAAUGUGCCUGGGUAUUGGAUUGAGGUUACUGAAAGGAUCAUGGAUGAUUUAGACUAUACAUCUGAGAAAAAACUAAAGGGUGUAGUCUUGUUACUUCUCGAUGAGGCUAACCUGUGGUGGCUAACCGUUAAGGAGGGCACUCAAGCUGAUUGUUUGUCUUGGGAGUUCUUUAAGUCUGCCGUCCAAGGGGAGUAUGUGGGUGCAAGUUACAUUGAUGGUCGUAGGCGUGAGUUUCUAAACCUCACUCAAAGAGACCGAUCUGUGGCCGAGUAUGAGGCCAAAUUUUUGAGACUGAGCCAUUAUGGGCGAGGUAUGGUGGCGUCGAAAUAUGAGAGAUGUGCCCGUUUUGAAGAUGGCCUUAGGGAUAACUUGAGGGUACUGAUAGCUCCACAGAAGGAGCUAGAGUUGUCUGUUCUAGUGGAGAAGGCGAAGAUCACCAAAGAGGUUAAGCACGCUGAGCACCAAAACAGAGAUCGUGAGAGGGGUAAGAACAAGAGGGAUUCUGAGCCUUCGAAUUCAGUACAAAGGCUUAAGAAAAAGGUCAGGACUGAUGGGUCGGUUAGAGUUGGGCCCCCUGUUGCUCCUACUGGAUUGCAUCUGUGUAGAGAUUGUGGUAGACACCAUCAAGGUGAGUGUUUGAGGAGGACUAGGGCAUGUCUGAGAUGUGGGGCCCCUGAGCACCAUAUUCGAGAUUGUCCAUUGAGGGACGAUCAGGUGCAAGCUCCGGGUUCUGGUACUGCAUAG